ACUAAAGGAAAAAAUUUUAUGUAAAAGGAAUCGGUUUCCAGCGUGAAAACGUUUCAAAUUAUUAAUAUUUUAUAAUGUCGCAAAUCGCGUCCGAAUUGUAAUGAUUAAAACCGGUUCGUACAUCAAAGUCUGAACGUUAAGUGAGCAUUGGUAUUUGCAUAGUCGCUUUUCGUGUGUACUGCAGUGUUUUUUGGACGAGGUUAGGAAUAACGCAGUUUAUUAUACGGCAGUGUUUAGUGUAUUGAUAUCCGUUAUUGUUAAGUCUACAUAAACGUUUUCUUAUAUAUUCUCGACUUGUUCGAUUUUAUGCGUUUUUGAAUCGAACAUUAAUUUUUAAAAUAUUGUAUAACAUCUGAGCCCGUGAUUUCGGUUUCCUUUAAAGUGGAGAAGAAAUAAAAAGCCGCCGGCCUAGCUUUUUCGAUAGGCUGUAUUACUCGAUAAAUGCUUUUAUCCCUCGGGGGCAGAGUUUUCAAAUUGGAGGAGGUAAAUUUUCCGUUUCGUCCGUGAGUUUACCGUCUGCGAUGUCGGAGGUAGAUACGAAGAAAUUAUGUGAACUUCGUGUUGUCGAUCUUAAAGCCGAGUUGGAAAAAAGAGAUUUGGAUACGACCGGUGUCAAAGCUGUCCUGGUUAAAAAGUUGAAGGAGGCUAUGUCAGGAGAAGGCCUUGACCCAGAGACCUAUGCGUUUACCGUCGAUUCCAAGGGUUCACCCGUCAAGACGAAAAAAAAAGAAGAAAAUAUUACAGAAGAAGAGACUAAUAAAGAUACUUCCAGUGAGAAACUUUCGGAAUUAGACAAAACCAAUUCAGAAGAUGCAAGCAAACAGAAAGAGGUAGCUGUAAUUAAAACAGAUAAUGUUGAUGUUGCAGACGCGCAAUUGGAGGAAGUUAAACCAUGCGAUACAAAUAAGCAAGAAGAGCUUUUGAAAGAUGAUAAGCCUUCUACAAAAAUUCGUGAAGAUCCAAUUAAAGAAGAACUCGAAAAAGAAGAAUUGGUUUAUGACGAUUUGAAAGAUGAAGAUAAAGUAGAAGACAAGGAUGAAUAUUGUGAAGAAGAAGCAGAUGAGGCUUCAAAACCUGGGCAAGCUACAAGUGAAAAAGAUCCUGAAGAAGAAGAAAAGCUUGAGUUGCAGGAAAAGAACGAUGUAAAUGGUAUGGACACAGAGGAUUCAAUUCAUUUGACUAUAGGAGAAGAUGAAGAGAAAUUGAUGGCUGGAGAGGAUGAUGUCGUAGAUAAGAAGAAAGAAAUGAAAGACUGUGGGAGAAGUGGAAAUAAGAAACAAGAGUCUCGAAAGGAUGCAAGGAAUGUUAGUCCAGAGAAAUCAUCAGAUGAAAAAGCUAAAAAGAGUACUCAUAGAAAUUUAUGGGUUAGCGGUUUAUCAUCAGUUACAAGGGCGACAGAUUUGAAACACGUCUUCUCAAAAGUUGGCAAGGUUGUCGCAGCUAAAGUUGUGACAAAUGCCAAGACUCCAGGGGCAAGAUGUUACGGUUUUGUCACAAUGGCAACGACUGAAGAUGCUCAAUCAGCAAUCCGUGAUCUCAACUGUACGGAACUUCACGGUCGACUCAUUUCAGUGGAAGCUGUUGCAAAUAAGCCCAAAAAUGCUGGUACUAAGAAACCUGAAGAAAAGUCAUUGACAGCGCCUUCACCAAGGAGGUCAGAAGAAAGAAAACGUAAAAAAGAAGAUAGCGCGAUCCCCUCGGGUACUGAAGAUCAAGGAAGAGAGAAUGGAGGCACAGAAGAAAAAACUGAAAGCAUCGGAGGUGGAAGGACAAGUUCUGUUGGAGAAACCGGUGCCUGUACUACUUCAGAAGGAAGGAGGAGCACCGAAAGGAGACGAAGCACAGAUAGGAGACACACUUCUUCUAGGGACCGGCAUAGAGCACCUAGGCAUCAUUCCGGAAGUGAAUCUGGCAUACUUUCUUUCUCACAAAUCAAGGAGGAAAGGGAAAGGCAAAGACUCCGGGAAAAAGAAAGAGCCCUUAGGGAAGAAGAUCGAAGAAGAAGAGAAGAGAGGGAGAGACAUCGGAUCAUAGAGAAAAAGCAACGAGAUGAGGCACUCAGGCUUGAGAGGGAGCGUGAAAAAAUUCGUAUUGAAAUGGCUCGCUUGGAAAAGGAAAGAGCUGAACUUCUUAGAAUGGAAAGAGAUCGAUUACAGCGAGAAAAAGAAGAUCUUAAAAGGCAACAAUUAAACUAUUUUAGAUUAGAGGAGGAGCGAAGAAGUAAAAGAACUCUCAGCAGUUCUCGAGAUUCUUAUGAAGAUCGAAAAAGGCAAGCUACUGAAAGGCGCUAUGAAAGCGCGCAUGGACCUUCAAGGGAUUACAAGAAAGAAAGUGCAAGGAGAGAUGAUGGUAUAUCACCACCCUCAGGCAGAGUGAGAUAUGGAGACAGCCCUCCAGCCUCAUCAAGUAGAACUUCAAGAAGAGAAGAGACUUCAAGGAUGAAAGAUUCAAUGCGUUAUUCAGAUAGGCCAACGGGAACGAGUAGUUCAAGCUACCGAAGUAGAGAUGAGCGUGACAGGAGAGAAGAGGGUUCUCAUAGAAAAUCAGAAUCCUCCCGAAUGUCUCACAGAGACCGUUAUGAUCCUACCACAAAAAGCGUUCACAGAUAUGGAGUUGAAUCAUGGGCUGGAAGUUCCAGCGCUAACAACAAAGAAUUUUCAUCUGUAGUUACUGGUGGGUCUGGUAGAGAGCCUCCUCCACCUGCCUGGAAUGGCAUGCCGGGUGAUAGAAAAGCACCUCCCGACAUGAAUCCCUGGGCCCGAGCUCCUCCUGAAAGGUGGGCAAGUAGCGGCAGCGGUGGCAGUAGUUCAAUGGUUGGAAGUGGAGGUGGGAGUAGAGGAGUUUACCCACCACCCAUGGUUUCAAACAUGCCAAUGCAAAUGAGUGGAGGACCAUUGAGCUACCAAACUUCUGGUGAUAGAUUUGAUGCUUAUAAGCCAAUAAAUUCAAUGAGUAGAAAAUAUUAAUAUUUUUAACUUUA